GUGCUUUUUAGAAAGACAAUUCUGAUUCGUUCAUCGAGGGUUUGUUGGUCGGUGGUGCCGCGUUGGAAUAGUCGGGCUGUCAGCGUCGUCGUUUGACAGCCCGAUUUUGAUUUUGAUUUUGAUUUUGAUUUUGAUUUUGAUUCGUUGAAGACGAGUCCAACGCAAGGAACCCACCCAGUUUGCUUGCUUUCCCAAUCUCUCUUCAUUAUUAUGUUUAUAUUGGCAUGAGAAGGAGAAGGAGAUUAAGAUUUUCAUCAUGGGUUCCUUGUCUGGAAUCCUUCAACGCCCUCUAAUCGCCGCCGCCGCUGUUGGCUUUGCUUCUUUUUCUUCCGACUUCUCCCUCAUACUGCCCUCUCACAAAUCCAAAUCCAAAUCCAACGACUCCUCCUCGGAUUUAUCAACUUCAACAACAUCUUUGUCGUCACACAUUUCGCUUUCUAAGCUCGCAAACCUCUCCAGAAGAAUUCAAGUACCUGUUCCCACCAUUAACUUCCCAAUUCCCAAUUCCCUCUAUUCUUCGGUUGCAUCUUCCCCCGCUCUUCUUAAGCUCUAUCACUCUGCACACUUGGCGGCCAGAGCGCCCAACCCAGCUGCAUAUUAUAAACAUGAUGAUACAAUAUCAUCAUCUGCUUCCGUCCCUGACGUCUCCUACACAUGGCAUUUGCCUGAGCCAAAUGCUCUUGAUGUUUCCCGCACCUCUGAUUGUUCAUCAGCAGCAAAGAUGAGGACUGUGGUCGUUUUGCUGGGAUGGUUAGGAGCAAAGCAAAAGCAUCUCAAGAGGUAUGCCGACUGGUAUACUUCCCAGGGGUUUCACGUCAUUACCUUUACUUUACCCAUGGCUGACAUUCUCAAAUACCAGCCUGGUGGUAAAGUCGAAGACCACAUUGACCUGCUUGUCACUCAUUUGGCUGAUUGGUUAGAAGAGGAGCAGGGAAAGAACCUGCUUUUUCAUACUUUUAGCAACACCGGAUGGUUAACGUAUGGUGUAAUGUUGGAGAAGUUCCAGAAGCACGAUCCUUCUGUAAUGGGCAGGAUUCGGGGCUGCGUUGUGGAUUCCGCACCUGUUGCAGCACCUGACCCGCAGGUCUGGGCUUCUGGUUUCUCUGCAGCCUUUCUGAAAAAGCAUAGUGUAGCAACGAAAGGAACCACAGACGCUAGUGAGUCAGGGAUGGAUGCUUUGGUUGACAGCAAGGAAGUAGUGGCACCCAAACCUGCAAUAACUGAGGCAGCUUUGCUUUUAGUUUUGGAGAAGUUCUUUGAGGUGGUUUUGAAUCUUCCUACAGUGAACAGGAGGCUUUCUGAUGUUUUGGGCUUACUGUCAGCACGACAACCAAGCUGUCCGCAAUUAUAUAUCUACAGCUCUGCAGACAGAGUCAUUCCUGCAGGAUCUGUGGAGUCAUUCAUAAAACAACAGCGGAGGGCUGGACAUGAGGUUAGGGCUUGCAACUUUGUCUCGACACCUCAUGUUGAUCAUUUCAGAAAUGACCCGAAGCUGUAUACUUCUGAGCUAACUCACUUUCUGGAGGACUGUGUGCUUACUUGUUGCAAACAGUCCCGUUAACCUAAAUUAUUGAGCCACUGACCAUGACUCCAAUUCUUUUUCCUCCAAAAGUGUAUACGCUGUCCAAUUGAUUCAUCAGCGCUCAUUUUUUCGGCUGGUACUUUGGUGUUCACAUUGUAGAAGCAAAUAUACAAACUACAGGUUAUUCUCAUUAAUACAGAAGAGUCCCUCAACAUGGUUGGUGAUUGCGUACCAGAUGUUGUAGCCGCAUUACAGGCAAUGUCAUUCUGUUAUCUGAGCAAAAUGGCUUUUUCAUGGCCUGAGCUUUAUGUAUGCAAUUGUAAUUAUAUUCAUUGUGGCCAAGCCAUCUUUCUGAAAGAAUCAGUCUUUGUAUAUCAUGGAGAUCAAUACUAGAUGAGGUCUGAGGAACGAAUUAUGUGUAAUCAGAAACUGUCCUUGCGUGUGCACUGCACACUUGUAGCGAGUAAUGUAUCAUUUGAAAUCC